GAAGGUGCGAGCGAUGAUGGCGACGAGCAGCACCGCCAGCUUCGCCGAGGUGUAGAACGGCAUCCAGCCGAUGAGACCAUCUGCCACUCGCUCCGCUUUGCAUCCCAGCAUCUACCUCCUCUCUUCAGCCGGGCUCAUUCUCAGCUCCUCACAUGACUCACGCAGACGAACAGCGGCGCCAAGCCCUCCCACGCCAGCGCCUUCCUCCUCGCCGCAGCUCCCGGCGUGCGCAGUGCGCGACGCGAGGAGAGCAGGUGCCGGUGCGUUCGAAGGAGAGUCGUGAGGAAGAGGUAGGAGCGGAAGAUGAAGAGGAGAAGAGAGAUCAUGGCUGCCGCGCCUUAGGAGAGGUAAAAGAGAGGCGCGGCAGCAAGAGACGAAGAGGCCAAGAGGGCCGUGCACCAGCGUGCGACGCGCUGGGACGAGCUGGAGCUGGCGCGGAGUGUGUGCGAGCGAGUGAAGGACAAGAGCUCGCAGAGAAGAGCGGCAGCGAAGCCGAGUGACUGCCUGCGGAUGCAAGGAGCCGAGCGGGAAGAAGGGCGCGCGAGGGGAGAGGAGGUGGAGGCG